ACAAUUACAACGAUGCACACUUUAAAGUAACAGCACCAUGGCGUCGGGUCAUUUGUGUAAGCUGCACGGUGUUUUAACGCGACUUUCAUACGCUGCUACGCUGCAAAAUGUGCAAAGUUGUUUGGUGCCACUUCGACAGAAAUCUACUGUUGACCCUUCAUCACCCCAAGGCCAUAAUUGUGAGGUGAAAAUAGGUGUUACUUCCGAUGGAAAAACCAUAGUAUGCUACCACCCUGCCGUCGACGUUCCAUAUGAACUCACCCAGCCCAUAGAGCGACCAGACCCUUUGACUGUGCCGGCAGAAACCCACGAUCAGGUUCUGAAAGCCCACCUCAGCAAAGAGGUGCUGAAGGGCAAAGAGGGACCGACUAUAGAGGAGCUGAGCAAGAUGUUUUUCACUACAAAACAUCGGUUUUAUCCAAAAGGACAGUAUCACAGGAGGCGCAUCAAUCAAAACCCCCCAAAGGACAGAUAAUCGAGGUCCAUAAACUGUUAUUUGAAAUGUAAAAAUAUUGUAUAAUAAACUGGGAAAUGUGA